UCUAUUUGUGCGUUGUUUGUGUCAAAUCCAAUUGGAGUGCAGUCGCCAAGGAAAGGCUAACAAACAGAAAAGAAACCAAACUAAAGAUUUUGAGCAGCUGAGCCGCGACUGAGUGCUAGUGUGAUUUGUUUUUUUUAUUGUUUUAGUGUAAAUUGUGCUCGUUUGGCGGACAGAAAAGCAGGACACCUGAAAAUCAAAUCGGAAUAAGUCCAGUUGGAGUUGCCCGAAAUCGCAGUACGGACUCCAGUGUUCCGGGGCACUUCCCCCGUCGAAAUCGAAAGCCCCGCUCAACCCCCAGAACGACUACCCAUUCCCAGCCGAAUUAGGGGUUGCAACAUAUUUGCAGCCAGCACGGAAAAGUCGGUGGAAAACGGUGUGCGGGUGUGUGAAUGUGAGGAAAAUAAGGGAAGCGCGCUAAUACAAAACGCUACUACUGCCCACCAAAGUCCAAUCGCCAUCGGAAUCGGAGGGCAAUCCGAAUCCUUGAGAGAAUCCUUUUCGCGUGCCAUGCGUGACCUCGGCACCAAAAUGGCCGAGCUAAAAUUCGAGGCUCCGUUGGCAAAGUUCGAGGAGACGGACGAGUGGGGCGGCUGUGACUUCAUCUCGAAUCAGAACGCCCUCAACGACACGCUCAACCUGAAUCUCAAGGAUUCCUCCGCCCCCUCCGGUGGCAAGCCGGAUGCGGCCAAGCUACGCCUUCUGGAGGAUGCGGUCCGCGAUGCGCACGUGAGCAAGAACGGGGGAGGAGGGCCCGGAGGAGCUGGCUCCAUCAGCCCCAACUGCAACACGCUGCAGGGCGGCGGAUCGGUCAUAGACCUCGGCCUGUCCGAUGUGGGAUUGGUGCCGGGCGAGGGCGCCGGAUCGGGUCUGGAUGGCCUGGAGAAGCGCUCCUUGACCGCCGGCGGCGGCGACCAUGUGGACAACUUCACGGAGACUUUCGGCGGGAGUCUGGAGGACCUGGUGAACACCUUCGACGAGAAGAUAACCAAGUGUUUCGGCAACUACGAGGAGAACGUCGAGGAGCUGGCUCCGGUGCAGGUGCGCAGCCAGGAGGAGAUCAUGAACGAAUGCCAAAUGUGGUGGACCAUCACAGGCAACUUCGGCAACAUUCUGCCCAUCGACUGGUCAAAGUCGUACACCCGUCAGAUGCACAUGCCCACCCUGAAUUUGGGCCAGAGCCACACGAAGCAGCAGCAGCAGGCGCGCAACCAGCAGCAGCAACAGCUGCACCACCAGAGCCACCAGGCGUAUCCACAGAGCAACGGAUCUGGAUCUGGAUCUGGAUCUGGAUCGUCGAUGGGACUGGAUGCCCAGACUCCAGGCGAUGAGUUAUACGACCUGGCCAGCGAGGACGAGGCGGUGGCCAACGACCUGGACAUGCACGCCCUGAUCCUUAACCAGCCGAUCAAGACCAUGGAGGAGGUAAUCAAGGAGAUCGACGACAUCAUGGACGAGGCCGAGAGCCCGCUGGACGAGCCGGACAACUGCGAUUCGGAGGUCAUCGAGAAGGCGCGAGAGGUUCUGGGAGCGCCACUCUAUGCGGAAAAACUGCAGUAUCUGACCACGACACAGCUAAACGAGCUAUACGUGGAGAUGGAGGUCCUGAUCCAGGAGCUGAGCGAGACGCUCAUCAACGAGCUGGCCCUGCGCGAUGAGCUGGAGUUCGAGAAGGAGCUGAAGAACUCCUUCAUCUCGCUGCUCCUGGCCGUCCAGAACAAGCGGCGACAAUACCAUGUGGAGAAGAAGCGCGGCAAGUUCCAGGGUCCCGAGCCCAAGUACUUGACCACCGUCAUUCCGUAUCACCUGGAGAACGGCACGCCCAAUAAUCAGUCCCUUCAGGUCCUGAUCAAAAUUCUCAAGGCCAUCAACGAGGAUAGCCCGACGGUGCCGGCCCUCCUCACGGACUACAUCCUGAAGGUGAUCUGCCCAACAUAAGCGCAUAAGCCCUAGGAAUUGGAUCCCCAGCUAUCGCUCUAUCUCUCUGUCUGUGUUUAUACAACUAUACCGUACAUCUAUUUACAACUUGCAUAUACACACACCACACACAUAAUUUAAUGAUUAGUUUGUACUUUAACUUAUUGUUUUGAAUGCAAUCGGUGUACUCAGGCGAAACAAUUGUUAGCAUUGAGCAGGAAAAGAUUUCCACAUAAACAGCAGGAGUGUGCCAGGAGGAACCUCUGGGGAUUUGAGAACGCUUCUUUGGGUGUGUCUCUACGCUCUUCGAUCUACGAUCUAUUUAGGCACCGAAAAUGGAGUUCUCCAAUCGCCAUAGUCCUUUCCUUGGCCGAUCCUGAUAGAACAAAAAUAUGCAACAAAAUAUACAUGUAAUACAUACAUAUAGACACUUAUAUAUAUAUAUAUAUAUCUAACGAAAUAUUUACUGAGAGCGGGCUAUAAAAAAAAGCCAGUCCUCCCAUGGCAACAAUACUCACUUCACUUUCUCCCAAAAAGGUCGAAGAAGUUACUUAUACUAAAGAGCAUUCGUAUUAAUAAUAGAGCAGACUCCAACUAAGCUUAAAAUUUAUAUGAUAAAUGCAUCUGAAGCCAGUUGCAAGUUCCGCGUCCGGUAAAGCUUGAUAUAUUUCAUCUAUAUGUGUAAUAUCCAGAUCAAAAACCAUUCGCUGCUUGCAUUAUGUUCGCCCAGCUUUCUGCAAUCGAACAAUAUCGGGCUUAUCUGUGUGUUCGGCUGCCAAUCCCUAUCCCUAAUUUGUAAAAUAAGUAACUUGUUUGUAAUAUAUUGUAUAACUUGAUUGUAAGAGUUGUAUAUGGCCUGUAUGUCCCUGGUAAAUCCGCCGUUUCCAAAUGUGUUCCGAGUGCAAUUUAUAUCAUUUGAGACGGGCAUCAGAAAAUCAGAAUUAAAAUCAGUUGAAGAAAUUGUUUAAGCUUCGCUUUAAGUUUUACUUUACCUAAUUUACUCAUUUUUAUUGUUUUUCGAGGCCAUAAAAUGCGUUCUGUUUUGUUCAAAACAAUUGUUUAAUGUAAAUGAAGGAAACACAAAUUUAAUUUUAAUUUGCAUAGAAAACGCUGUGUUAUUUACUUUUAUUAAACAAGCAUAAAUACAAUUAAUAAUAACUAUAAAAAAAUAAAAAAAAAAUAGCUAAAAAACAGUCAGGCGCACAGUGCUCUUCUUUUUAUUAUGAUUAUCAAUAAAACGAUCUUUUUUCUUUACCAUUUAAGCUACCAAUCACACUAAAAAAAGCAAACGUAAAACGAUAAACAAUUAAGGAGGAUUUAAAGUAUAAAAUAUAUAAAGUUGCAUCAUGUCAAGUCCAAAAAGAACCACACUUACAUACAUAUAUCAUGUUUCACAUCUCACACGACAAAACGUUAUGGAAAAGGAGCUGGCAGAGCGAAGGAGGUCGAAGUUUCCAGCCCAUUCGAUUGGCUCUUCAAAUUGAAGAUAAUUGAAUCACAUCUAAUGCAAAUCUUAGGUACCUUUGUUAGAAAACGAUAUGCAAGACAUACCUAAAAAUCGAAAACCUAUAUGAAAGACAAAAACACACACAAGAGAAACUGCAUAAAUGUUUACGACUCCAUAUACAAAUUAUAAAUGUAUAUCAAAUAUGGUCGCGCUUCAAAAUAAAAUGAAAACGUAUUUACUAAAACGCAAAAAUGUAACUGAAAUAUGACUUUUUUAGGUCUCUGCAAAGUAAAGCAAAAUAAAAACAAA